UCUGACAACAAGCUGGGCCUUAAAGCAGCAGAGGUUAUCUCCAAAAUGCUGUCAGACAAUCGUAAGCUCAAAUCCAUCAACCUCUCAGAAAAUGACUUUAGUGACGCUGCAGCUAAAUGCUUGGCAGAAGCAUUAAAGAAUGAUUUUGUGGUCAAAGAGCUUGACCUCAGUUACAACUGCAUCUGCGAUGCAGGAGGAGAAGACUUGGGUGUCAUGUUAGAGAACAUCGGUAUUGAAGUCCUAAAUCUGAGCUGGAAUCACUUUCUUAUACGUGGCAAUGCGGCUCUGAUUGCUGGUCUAAAGGUAAACGCAACACUGAAGCAGCUCCAGCUGUCGAACAGUGGAUUUGGCCGUCCAGAGGUACAGCUGAUGGCUGAAGUGCUGCAACAAAAUGACACACUUGUGCUGCUGGACCUCAGCAUUAACUGUGUGGACGAUGAAGCUGUAAGGCUGCUCUGCCAGGGCCUGGCCACCAACGAAACCCUCGAGGUUCUCAAACUCUCUCGCAACCCCAUAACAAAAAUCGGAGCCGCCACGCUGCUCAGAACGGUUAAAAACAACAUGAAAUCAGCACUGGAGGAGAUCGAUAUUUCUAGUGUGCUUGUCUGUGAGACCUUUGUGGAGCUGCUGGAAGAAACCCGCGUGACCCGCCCUGCUCUGCGGUUCCAGUAUUAUAUUCUGCCCUCCGUCACCAAGAACUUAUUGGCACUUGGGAUCUUUAAGAAGUUCUUUGAAGAGCAAAAUAAGAGCAUCAUGGAUUUCUUCCAGGCUCUGGACAAAGAGGAAACCAUGAAAGUCUCCACCUCUGCCUUCAGGAAGGCUGUAAAGGUCAGGCUAACGGAAGCUAACAUACCUCUGGAUCAACAGCAGCUUGGCUGGUUGGUCAGGAAGUUUGACAAGAACUGCACGGCAACCAUAGUGUACAGUCAGCUGACUGAGCUGUCAUAGACGUGGAGACACAGUAUCACUAACAGGAAGAUUUGGGAGGGCCGUUGACAUCUUUAAAUAAAUGUUGUUGGAGUUUAUA